AUGGCGACGACGGCAAAGGUUGACAACAUGCAGAACACCUUGAAGAGGAAAGUGUCGGUGGCAGGUAUGCCUAUGGGCGGAAGGACGGUCAAGCGAAGAGCUUCUAAGGCCUGUCAUUGCUGCCGUUCCCGAAAAGUCCGAUGUGAUGUGGUCGAGAGCGGCGUCCCUUGCACCAACUGCAGACUGGACGAGGUAGAGUGUGUGGUCACGGAAGGGAAACGACGAAGGAAGUCACAUGCAGAUGGAGACAAGUUCCACCACUCUUCCCGCGGCUCUUCUGUAAAGGAGGAAAAGAACGACCUACCUGAAUUCCCUAUAUUCGACAACGUUGACUGGCUGGUCGACUUGGAUCCGGUCGUUGACCAGUCCGAGCACAAUCAAAGUCAUGCUUUGGAGUUUGAGCUCAACCAUCACAGCCCACACAUGCUCUACCAAACGCAAGGCCACCGUAUCACUGCGGAGGAGCGAUCCAGGAGGAUGUCAGCCAUGAGCUCCAGGGCUCUUCCAACGCACCUUCAGUUGCCGGCCCGCUUGUCAUAUUCCCCCCAGCCGUCCCGUCGACCGGAGAUUGCUCUACCACAGUAUAUUCAGCCUAUCCCACCGCGGAUCAUGACAGAGGAUCUCGAAUACCUGCAGAAGAAAGGAGCCUUUAGCAUCCCAGAUGCAGGAUUCCGCAAUGAAUUGCUUCGCUGCUACGUGCAGUAUGUGCAUCCUUAUCUUCCAAUAAUUGAUCUCAAGGAUUUCUUGGCCGCAAUCGAGAAGAAUGAGCCCGCCAAUGCCAUCAGUCUCCUACUGUUCCAGGCAGUCAUGUUCGCCGGAACCGCUUACGUGGACAUGCGGUAUUUGGUCGCACAAGGCUACGAGACCCGCAAAGAGGUCCGCAAGUCCUUCUUCCAGAAGAUCAGACACCUCUACGACUUGGAUUACGAACUUGACCGCGUCGUCCUGGUACAGGCUAUUCUGUUGAUGACAUACUGGUACGAUAGCCCGGACGACCCAAAGGAUGUCUGGCACUGGCUGGGCGUGGGCAUUUCUGUUGCGCGGACCAUUGGUCUCAACUGCAAUACCUCCGAUGCAACCUCCAUGAGCAUGCGGCAACGCCGCCUGUGGAAACGUAUCUGGUGGUCGCUUUACAUGCGAGACCGAUUGCUUGCCAUUGGCAUGCGGCGUCCCAUGAGGAUUACCGAGGGGGAGUGUGGCGUCUCGAUGCUAGAGCUGUCCGACUUCGAAGUCGAAGCAUUACCUGUAGAACUGACGCGGACGCUGGGAGGUUGUCCCUUGGUCAAGGACACCUCGAAGCGUGUCACAUUGGCCAGAAUGUGCAUAGCCUUGGCUGAGCUGUGCGUAUGGAUCAGCCAAGUUCUCGCCGUCCAGUAUUCGACCCUGGGCCACAAGAUUGGCGCCACGCAAGAGACAACCAUGCGACUGGUCCCUAACAGGUCGGCAGCUGAUCCACGCGAUGUGAUCAGGUGUGACAGGGAACUGGAGAGCUGGUACAACGGGCUUCCUCGCAACCUUCGCUUCUUAUCUCCCGCCUCUCACGAACGGACAAGCAACACUGACGGAGAGGUGGUCAACGUGCACCGCGCCUUGCUGACGGGCGUCUACCUCACCGUCAUCAGCGCAUUACAUCGACCACAGAUUCUGCCGUCCGCACCCGACGUCGUCAUUGCGCCCGAAUUGCGAAAGCUUUCCAAGAAGAAGGUACGCGAAGCUGCCAACGACAUCACCGACAUGUACCAGGAGCUGUUUGUCAAUGACCAGAUUCGAUACUUACCCAACACCGGGGUCACCUGCCUUCUUCCCGCCCUCAUCAUACAUUUGCUUGACAUCAAGUCCACGGACGCCUCCAUCCGACAAGCAAGUGUACGCAAGUUUCAAAUGUGCAUGCAAGCUCUGCAACGGCUGCGGGAGAUGUAUGCGUCUGCCGACUUUGCCUUCUCUUUCCUCGAUGCGGCAAUCCGGAAGACCAACGCGCAACUGGGGACACCAUCCUUUGCUGCUCCACGUUUACCCCCUGGGAAGUGUUCGAGCAGAAGCACAGUGGCUGGUUCUGAACCACACUCGGUCUCCCCAUUGCUUCUGACGCCACCCCCAGAGGCCAUGCAGACGGCGAGUAUGCUGCUUUCACAUUCCACAUUAGCACCUGCGGAACGGAAGCUGGUGGCGGCGUAUACCCCACCAGGCUCAGAUGUAAGCCACCAUUCUCAUGCGACAGACGGAGCGGCAGCUUCGCCUCAGGAUCUGGCAGAGGAUCCUAAGCACGGCCAGAGCGAUGGAGAUGGUGUCGAUGAGCCAAGGAAGAGUGAUUUCGAGUCUCUGUUCAAUGCCGAGGGCGAGACAGAGUCGCAUUUGGCUGGUGAAGACGGCCUCGACCUGCACGUGCAGUGGCUGAACGGGUUUGAUGGCAAUGACCACGUUAUCAACGACGAACUGUCUUUCUUGGAUCGACUUGCAGGGUUGGAUGAGCGACAGACCGCGUCAGGCUAUGCUGAACAGUCGCUGGACAUCACUGGUGACUUGGAUCUUGAUUUGGAUGUUCGAGCUGAGUGGUGA